GCAUGACCUCUCGCGAGACUGUGGCGAAACUCAGUGAUCGCUGCUAGGCAGUAGCCGAGGAACUAGACAUUUUAACAGCGUUCCGGGUCAGAGGGCUGUCUUAUGAAAAUAAGAAGUGUCCCGUGACAGGCGGAACUAUUGGGCGAUAUGGUGUUCUACACGCUAUUCAUUUUGUUUUCUGGCUGAACUCCUUACUGUAGAGUCUGCGAGUUCAAUCCCGAGCAGCUCUGUUUUUGCUGUCAAAGGGGAUACGGACAUUUGUUGUGACAAGAGAUAACACCGAGUGUGCGCUAUGACGCAGUGAUUGCUUCCUGCCUGGGACCUCUGCUUCCCUUCUCAAAGGUUAUGACGUUAGAAGAGGUGCAAUUUUUCCAGCCCCUUCUAUAGCCUUUACCCCUUCCUUGUUGACAGUAUGUCUCGCUGGCUCUUCCCAUGGUCCAGCUCGAUUAAAACGCGGGCAUGCAGGUACCUUCUGCAACAUUAUCUGGGUCACUACCUGGAGGAGAGACUGAGCCUGGAGCAGCUGAGCCUGGAUCUCUACAAUGGGAGUGGACGUCUGACUGAUAUUCACCUAGACAUCUGGUCCGUGAAUGAACUGCUGGACUCUGCAGGGGCUCCUCUAGAGAUUAUAGAUGGCUUUAUUGGAAGCAUAUCGGUCACCAUUCCUUGGUCAGCACUUAUCAACGAAAACUGUACCCUGGAGGUGUCUAAACUUCAGGUCACAUGCCGUCCCAAGUACAGAGGUGCUGCGCAGGGUACUGAGUCACAAAGCUGGUCCUCCUGUAUGACUACUAGUAUGCAGCUAGCCCAGGAGUGCUUAAAGGAGCAGCCAGAAGAACCGUCUGAGCCCCCACAGCCCAUUGAAGGGCUUGAGAUGUUUGCACAAACCAUAGAGACUGUCUUGAGAAGGAUUAAAGUGACCUUUAUAGACACCAUUGUUCGAAUUGAGAAUAAUCCAGGUGAAUCUAAUUUGGGGACUGCCUUGGAAAUCCACAUAAAAAGACUGGAUUACUGUGAUGAAUCAGUAAGGGACACCUCCCACACUGUUCCUGUGGAUAUACACCAGCCUCCAGCCUUCAUCCAGAAAAUCCUGCAGCUCAGUGGUGUCUCCCUACAUUAUGAUGAAUUCAAGACCAAUGUACAAACGCCAUCCCCUACCCCUGAGAAUCCCCUAGAGUCUGAGCCAGGGCAUCUCUCUAGAUCUCCCAGCCGGCCUGCGGAGCCUCAUCCUGCACCUUCCCCUACCCAACAGAUUGGCAGCUGCUCUGGGUGCACAGAGCUUACCAUCAAACUUAAACAAAAUGAUGUUUUUCCAGGACCAAAGCUGGAUAUAGAUGGGAAAAUUGGAUCUGUACAUUUGUUUCUCACACCACAUCAGAUAAGUAACCUACAACAACUCUUGGAUGCCUUAAGUAUUUCUGAAUCAAGUGCUAUCAGAGAAAAGCUUUUGAAGAGCCGGCCUCUGGACCUGGAGGAUUUAAAGCUCAUAGAGCAAGAUCUGAACCAGCAGCUGCAAAGCGGCCCUGGAUCUCUUUUUAUGCCAGAUCCUGAACUUGUACCCUUCCAGACUCUUGAAAAUGGAGAUCUGUUUUACUCUAUGGCUGCUUUGACGAACAGUGUGACAUCAAUCAGAUCUGCAAAUGAAUUAUCGGACAUAGACCUGGAAUCUUCUAUGUACAGUGAUUACAGUGGCCAACAGAUUCCAUCUCUAACUCCUGGGAUAAUGUUGAGCAGCCCCAGGAAGUAUGGACGAACUCCAUUUUCUGCCACCCUGCCACCAAAUCUGCACAAAAUGCCAGGUAAAUCUUCUCAGCCUUCCUCCAUGGAGCUCCUUAAACCUGAGAUGUUGCUACGAUUGUCUCUUGGUGGCCUUACAGUCACUGUACCCCACAUUUCUACUUAUAUCAACUCUCAAGAAGACCCUGCCUUUCCAGAGGUUGCCAGACAUUUCUUCAGAGAACUGGGUUACUUUAAAGAUUCAGCUUUUAGUGGUAGAGACUUCAGCCACCUCCGUGAGAAGUUUGAGAAAGCUUGCCAUCUAAGCAAUAUUCGGGUAACAGCAGUUGCAGUUCAAAUGGUGUGUGAGCAGAGAGUUGGUGGAGGGACACAUCAGAGCAGUUUUGACCUUAGUUGUGGUAGGCUAGAGAUUUUGGAAUGUCUGCGGCAAGGAGAGUCAACGUCUAAAAAGACAAAGAAUACAGAAUAUACAGAGCUAAUGACCUUCUGCAGUCCUUCCACCUCCUCUCGACCCUGUGCACAGGUCCACUACAAACGGAGUCAGAAGACUCCCACCAGAAGCAGCCGUAAAAAACAGGCAUUAAAAGUGAGUUCUGAGAUCCUGGUUGAACUGGAAGAGUUCCAGACUGAUAUCGACUUGGGUUUGGUGGAACGGUUGGGAUCUAUCUUUCAGAACGGUGCCAGUCAGGAGUCAUAUUCCCAGAAUGAUCUGCACAUGACAGAUGUCACCCAAUCAUCUGUGGACAUGGAAAUCCGUGUGGUGGCUUCAAAGUCUCAUAUAUGUCUUCAGUUUCCAGUACCAGACUUAAGGCCAAGUUUAGAACGACGACCGUGGACAGAGAAAGCAGUGAGGAAGGAUUGUCUAAAGAUGGAAGUUGCUGACUUGGAUAUUCAUAGCCAGUCAAAAACCGGAAUGGAAGAGGCCAGAAAGAUAGAAAUAACAUUUAGUGAUCUGCAUGGUAUGUACACUGAUGGAGAGAAGCUGCAUGUACCUUGCAUCAGGAUUAGUAAAGGAGCUGACCCCUUGGCUAAAGCAGGAGGCAAGAAGUUCAUCUUUCCUUGCAUCUUGGUGACCAUUCUUCCUCAAAGUAAGGUAUCUCCCUGGUACUUGGUCCAGGACAAAAUGGAGGAUAUAGACCAUGUUUCUGUGGAGAGUCCUUGUGAGCUAAAACAACCUGAGCCUUCCCCUUUCUCUUCAAAGAGAACAAUGUUUGAGACCGAGGAGAUGGUGAUCCCCGCUGACCCCAAUGAGAUGGCAGAUUUUCAGCGUGUAACAUUGGCCUCCUCACAGUACACCCUGGAAGUCACUUUGCCCCGUGCUCAUAUCUUCCUCCCUAGUAAGGAGGUAUACGAGAGUCUUUACAACAGACUGUGUAAUGAUCUAUUGAUGUGGGAGCCAGUGACUGAAUUUGGGGCCUCCAUUUCGGAAUCCCUGCUGUCUGCUGAGCCCUUCCACAUAUCUAAUUUUCAACAAGACACCUUCCGUAUGUGCAAGUCGGCCUUUAAACUAGACUCUGACUCCGAGGAUGAAGACUCCCACUUCUACUCAGUGGAUGAAGCAGCAAGACACAGACGAGGAACACAAGAUGGUCAAAGCUACUUCUCUGCUUCUGUUACUAUAUUAAAGGGCCGUAUCACCGCCUGGACAGAAGCCAAGGGAGAAGGAGCUAAUAAAUUAGAUGAUCACCAUGGAGAAGUUGUUUUGGAUGUAGAGAAUGGAUGCAUUUUCAGUGUAUCUAAAUACCGAGGGAAAGAGGAUCUUAGUUACCUGUGUAUCCAGUCAGAGAGUGUAGCUCUCUAUCACAAAGCAACUGUAAAAGAUUAUUUGGCUCCCGUUAGCCUGGAAAUACCCACAUUUUUGCAACCAGCACAUCUAGACCCAACUAUCUACCUCUCUGAAGAGGGGGUUUCUGCACAACUCUCAGGGGCUCGGAAAGACCGAAAUCAAAAGAUGCUCUCAUUGGCAGUCAAAAUUGAUCUAAACCUUGUAAAGAAUGUGAAGGAAUUUCUUGUGGCUCUGAGACUCGAUGGUGCCACUUUGCGUCACCACAUGGCAUUGCCUUAUCAAAGCUGGCACAGUCAAAUCCUGGAUUUCCUGGAUGUGGUUGAUGAACCAAUCUUAGGCUAUAGCCCCCCUGCUGUAAUAACAGUGUUGCACACUCAUCUCUUCAGUUGUGCUGUGGAUUACAGACCUCUCUACCUCCCAAUCAGAGUGUUGAUAACUGCAGAAACCUUUACUCUCUCAAGUAACAUUGUGGUGGACACAUCAACCUUCCUGCUCAGGUUUAUUUUAGAUGACUCUGCUCUUUACCUGUCUGACAAAUGUGAUGCUGAAGUCCCAGAUCUAAAGAAAGAUUAUGUCUGUGUCCUGGAUGUUGACCUCCUCGAGUUGGUGAUCACCACCUGGAAGGGAAAUUCAUCCUCCAAACUGACACAGCCUCUCUUCGAACUGCGCUGCUCUAAUAAUGUCUUACAUAUUCACACCUGUGCGGACUCUUGUGCCAUGUUGGUUAAUGUCAUCCAGUAUGUCAUGAACAAUGGUGACCUACAUUGCCCCCCCAAAACUGAGCCUCCCACCGAGAUUGCAGGACAAAAGCUACAGCCGCCAGAGGGUCCAUCCUCCUUACCUCCAUGCCUUCCUGCAGAGACUGCUCAAAUUAAUCAGGGAGACUUGACUGAUGCUCUGAUAGACACUGGAAGGACUGGCAAAGAACAGCCUGAAGCAGCCAUUGCUGCUGACGCUGUUCUUCGUGAAGAUUCCCCUGUUUCAGUGUAUCUUUUCCCAGAAGAGAUUAUAGCUGGUAAAAAACGUCAAAUCACCUCACCAUCUCCUCCCCCCCUGACUGAAGGCCGGGUAUCCCAGGAGAGUUUGGGCCUCUCAGACACCAGUGGGGAUAGUGAACUGACUGAUACCGAUGAUUUCUGUAUCCUUGAUGCCCCUGGAAUUGGUGUUCCGCCAAAAGAUGGUGAGCCUGUGGUGAGAAAACUGGUGGAUAGCCCUAUUACAGUUAAAGAGGGGCACUUCUCUCGCCCUUUGGGGAGUACGGACUUGUUGAAGCCUCCAGCUAAGUUCCCUGUUCCAGAUACACGCAUUGUCCUACGGGAGAUUUCUGUUGUAUGGCAUCUGUAUGGUGGCCAAGAUUUUGGCAGCAGCCGUCCAAACUCUGCUCGGGCACAGUCUCCAAGGUCAAGAACAAGCUUUCACAAUGCACGGGGGUCCCCUUCCCGAUCAUCAGUCACCAACCGUCCUCAAAACACAUGGAGGACCCAAGGUGGAAAUGGAAGGAUCCAUGAUAUUCUUAUGGAGAUCCAACUUACCAAGGUGAGCUUCCAGCAUGAGUCGUAUCCGACACCCUUGGGUGAUGGAGAGGAGAAGCUUCACACAGGUGAUCUGGAUGAAAUCCCGCUCGCACGGCAAGUUUUUAUAGUGCAAGAGCUGGAGAUCAGAGAUCGCUUGGCUUCAUCGCACAUCAACAAGUUUCUGUAUCUGUACACGAGUGAGAAAAUGCCACGCCGGGCUCACUCCAAUAUGCUCACUAUUAAAGCUCUUCAUGUCAGUCCCGAGGCUGGACUUGGGGGACCAGAGUGCUAUCUCAGAAUGUCCUUAAUGCCGCUUCGGCUGAAUAUCGAUCAGGAUGCUUUAUUUUUCCUGAAAGAUUUCUUUACCAGCUUUGCAUCUGGAAUUCAAACAAUAGUUCCCAUGGAGUUGGGCUCAGAGGCCUCUCACCUGGAUGGUCCUGCUAAAUCCAGCUGUGAUUGUGAGUUAGAACAGGAAACCUCCCAAGGAUCCAAUGAAGAGGAAACAGUGUCUCCUAGCUCAUCCUGUGAUCAACCGAUUUACUUCAGAGAAUUCCGUUUCACAUCUGAAGUGCCAAUAUGGUUGGACUACCAGGGCAAGCAUGUUUCGACAGAGCAGGUGGGCACAUUUGCUGGAAUAUUAAUUGGGCUGGCACAACUAAAUUGCUCAGAGCUCAAGCUGAAAAGGCUAUAUUGCAGACACGGACUGCUGGGAGCAGACAAGGUUGUAUCGUAUGCGCUGAAUGAGUGGCUAACUGACAUCCGCAAGAACCAGCUGCCGGGCAUUCUGGGAGGAGUAGGGCCAAUGCAUUCGGUGGUACAGCUAUUCCAUGGUGUGCGGGAUCUCUUCUGGCUACCCAUUGAGCAAUAUCGGAAAGAUGGACGCAUCAUCAGAGGUCUUCAGAGAGGGGCAGCAUCAUUUGGUACCUCCACAGCCUCUGCUGCAUUGGAACUCAGCAACCGGCUAGUGCAAGCUAUACAGGCCACAGCAGAAACGGUGUAUGAUAUACUGUCGCCAACCCCACCGGUUUCGCGGUGCGCUCUAGAUAUCAGACAGUCUCGGAAAUUGAGGCGGGGUCAACAGCCAGCGGAUUUGAGAGAGGGUGUGGCCAAAGCAUACGAUACUGUUCGGGAGGGUGUCAUUGACACAGCCCAUACUAUAUGUGAAGUGGCUUCUCGUGGGCACGAGCAGAAGGGCCUGACAGGAGCAGUAGGCGGAGUCCUGCGUCAGAUUCCUCCCACCGUAGUGAAACCCUUUAUCGUAGCGACCGAGGCCACAUCCAACCUGCUGGGAGGCAUGAGAAACCAGAUCAGACCCGAUGCCCACAAGGAGGAUGCUCUGAAGUGGAGAGCAGAUGAAGGACAAGACUGAACAUAUUUGUUUGUUUACCCUGAAGUGCCAAAGGAAUGCUGAUAGGAGUAUAGAGAUGAACAAGUCCCCCCAUGAGCUGUGUGUUCAACUGGCCUUGCAAACAUUACUGUAUGGUUUACCCAUCCCAACCGCUAAAUUCUUUACUUUGUACUAAAAUUAAUUUGCACAAAUUUCUUAAUUUUUUCCUAGCAAGUCCUCAUAGUGCACUGCUGCACUGUAUUGCCUUUUCUUAACCGGUCUCCUGUAACCUACCUUCAUGCCAGAACCUCUUGCAACUGCCCCAACCCUAGUCACAAUGCUAUUAACUUCCAGCCCAAACAGAACGGUCUCCCCACGUCCUCUGAGGCUGAGCAACGUACUACUCCCCUUGCUUUCAGGAAAGCCUCAUCCUACAGGACAUCACACGUGGAUCUUGCUGGAUUAAACAAAGCACAGGAACUGUCCAUUCAAGGGACUUGGAGCAAAUCUAUAAGCCUUCUUCUCCCACUACAGUGUGAUUUUUAUAGCCUUCCCUUCCUCUCAUCAAAAGCUUUUGUCCUCUUUGGAGGCCAAUUAUGUAUAAAUAUAUAUAUAUAUAAAUACAGAUUGUAAA